AUGGCUUCUAUCACACUACUCGUUAUCUCUCUGUCCAUGAUCUUCAACGUCAUUGAAGCGAACCCCACCCCCGCGGAGCUCGACAAGAUCAAUGACCCCCUCCGCCUCAGACUCUGGAAUGACUCAACUGAGUGGAUGCACCUGCACAACCCACGCUGCGGCAUCGCCGAAAUUGCCUGGGUCACCAAGGAGUUCAUGCCAGAUAAUGAAAACUACAUCAGCCCCGGCUGCCGAGUCAUCGGUCAUCUCAUGCCCAACCCCAUCGAUUUCAUUUUCGGCUGCCGUGGAGUGAAGACCACUGAUCCUGGCACCAGACCUAUCAAGUUCUACUACACCACUGAUUUCGACCAGGUCUUGGAUUGGGACAAUGACAAGGAGCAGCGUGUCCGAGGAGAUCUGACGGUCGUGGAUACUCGUGUCGACAAGCCCGAUGUCGCUCAUGUUCCGGUUCAUAUCGGUGUCUACAUAGACAAGAAGAAGAAAGUCGCCAACUAUAAGAAUAUCUACUGUAGUGCUUCUUGGUAA